AUGAAGACGAGCCGCCGGUGUCGCGCGCUGCUCUCCGUGGGCUUGAACCUGCUCGCGCUGUUGCUCUCCAGCACAGCGUUCGCCACGGCGUACUGGUGCCAGGGCACGCAGCGGGUCCCCAAACCGAGCUGCAGCCAGGAGAGGCGGCACCACUGCAUCGACUACGGAGCCAAUGACACCGACCCGAGCAAAGUGCACUACAGCUGGGAGACCGGGGACGACCGCUUCCUGUUCCGCCACUUCCACGCGGGCAUCUGGUACUCGUGCGAGGAGAACAUCCACGGAGCAGGUGAGAAAUGCAGGAGCUUUAUUGAUCUGGCUCCAGCAUCUGAAAGAGGUGUCCUUUGGCUGUCAGUGGUCUCCGAGGUGUUAUACAUCAUGCUGCUGGUGGUUGGCUUCAGUCUAAUGUGCUUGGAGCUCUUUCACUCCAGCAACGUGAUCGAUGGCUUGAAGCUGAACGCCUUCGCUGCCGUCUUCACGGUGCUGUCAGGUCUUUUGGGAAUGGUGGCUCACAUGAUGUACACCCAGGUGUUCCAGAUCACAGUCAGUCUGGGACCUGAAGACUGGAGACCACACACCUGGGACUACGGCUGGUCCUUCUGCAUGGCAUGGGGAUCUUUCACCUGCUGCAUGGCCGCCUCCGUCACCACGCUCAACUCCUACACGAAGACAGUCAUCGAGUUCAGGCACAAGCGCAAGCUCUUCGAGCAGGGUCUCCGUGAAGAACAGGCCUUCCUCGACCAAGAAGCCUUCCACUACUUCCAAGAUCGCUCUGUGCAGUCCGUCUCCAGCUCGGUGGACCUGUUCCCAGGCCACACGAGCGCCCAUAGCAGCGCUUAUAGCAGUCGGGGGAAAAUGCGUGCUCCUUCAGCUUCCAUGGACAUGCCAGAAAACGUAGAUUCUCUCGGAGAGGAGCAGUGCUGA